AUGUUUUUAAGCAAGUUUUGGAAAUCACCUGAAUCAUCUCUUAAUCGAGGUUCCUAUAUCGACCAAUUUGAACAACACUUAGCCGAACAGAGGCGUCGAAUAGAAAGGCAACAAGCGGAGGAAUUGGAACAGGCUCUCCAAGAUUGUGAAAAUCGUCUUCGAGAGGAGUACGAUGCAAAAUUGGAGAAGAAUUACCAGCUCAUUGAAGAGUUAAUUGCAGAGAAAAAGGACCUCGCUGCGCAGUACGAUAAGCUGGUGCUUGAUAUGCGGCAAAUCUCAGAAAAGGCUCAAGCUAAGCAGAAACAAAUGGAGGAAAAGUAA